UGGCUUUUCGCGUUCUUCUAGUUUGCCAGACGCUCAAGUUGAUGGCCCGGCAGCAAAGUUCCUAGCCCCUGUGGCUUGGACUCGUAAUUUUAGGCCAAGUUGAAAAUGCAGCCGACCGCCCCCACACUUCCAACUUCGGAGACAGAACGUUCUGGCCCUGGGGAGUGUGAGGAAGAGUGAAAAAUGCCUAACUGCUAGCUCUUCCCUUGUCAGUCUAAAUAGCCCCUCCCCCCGCGCCCUUCCUUGCCUCCAGCCUUGUUUCCAUAUUCACACCGGGCGGAUUUCGGCUUUGAAAGGGUGAGGAGAAGAAUGAGAAAGAGCAGGGCAGAGCAACCUCCCCACAGCAAUAUAGCAACUUGGAAAUGGCGGGGUCAACGGAAACAGCUCGGGAAUUAUAGAUUUUAAUGGUAAUGACAUGCUCAAUGCUACUUUUGUGAAGAGAGGAAAACACCCAUGUGGCCCACUUCUGCAAUUCAUCUACACCUUGAAAUGUCUCAGCAUAUCUUUUGGCUUGACAGACUUGGGGUCUGGAGGCCAAGCCAAGGAAGCCACUUCUUUUUCCUGCCAGAGGAGCCAAGCGUGGGUUCAUGCUUAAUGGCUCUUUCAAGCUAACGUGAGAAAUACCAACGGCAGGACCAUCUCAGAUCUUUGUUAUGGCAACUCAGGCAAGAAGCUGUUGAAUUAGAACCAUUUCCUAUAGAUGAGAAACCAUACAAGCAGUGGUAUUUAUGAGCCUCCAUUUAUUGUACUACUGCAGUGAACCAACCUUGGAUGUGAAAAUUGCCUUUUGUCAGGGAUUCGAUAAACAAGUGGAUGUGUCAUAUAUUGCCAAACAUUACAACAUGAGCAAAAGCAAAGUUGACAACCAGUUCUACAGUGUGGAAGUGGGAGACUCAACCUUCACAGUUCUCAAGCGCUACCAGAACCUAAAGCCUAUUGGCUCCGGGGCUCAGGGAAUAGUUUGUGCUGCAUAUGACGCUGUCCUUGACAGAAAUGUGGCCAUUAAGAAGCUCAGCAGACCCUUUCAGAACCAAACACAUGCCAAGAGAGCUUACCGGGAGCUGGUCCUCAUGAAGUGUGUGAACCAUAAAAACAUUAUUAGUUUAUUAAAUGUCUUCACACCCCAGAAAACGCUGGAGGAGUUCCAAGAUGUUUACUUAGUAAUGGAACUGAUGGAUGCCAACUUGUGUCAGGUGAUUCAGAUGGAGUUAGACCAUGAACGAAUGUCUUACCUGCUGUACCAAAUGUUGUGUGGCAUCAAGCACCUUCACUCUGCUGGAAUUAUUCACAGGGACUUAAAACCAAGUAACAUUGUAGUCAAGUCUGAUUGUACAUUGAAAAUCCUAGACUUUGGACUGGCCAGGACAGCAGGCACGAGCUUCAUGAUGACUCCGUAUGUGGUGACACGUUAUUACAGGGCCCCUGAGGUCAUUCUGGGCAUGGGCUACAAGGAGAACGUGGAUAUAUGGUCUGUGGGAUGCAUUAUGGGAGAAAUGGUUCGCCACAAAAUCCUCUUUCCAGGAAGGGACUAUAUUGACCAGUGGAACAAGGUAAUUGAGCAACUAGGAACGCCAUGCCCAGAAUUCAUGAAGAAAUUGCAACCCACAGUAAGAAACUACGUGGAGAAUCGGCCCAAGUAUGCAGGACUCACCUUCCCCAAGCUCUUUCCAGAUUCCCUCUUCCCAGCGGACUCCGAGCACAAUAAACUCAAAGCCAGCCAAGCCAGGGACUUGUUGUCAAAGAUGCUAGUGAUUGACCCAGCGAAGAGGAUAUCAGUGGACGACGCCUUACAGCAUCCGUACAUCAAUGUCUGGUAUGACCCUGCCGAAGUGGAGGCGCCCCCACCUCAGAUAUAUGACAAACAGUUGGAUGAAAGAGAACACACCAUUGAAGAGUGGAAAGAACUUAUCUACAAGGAAGUAAUGACUUCAGAAGAGAAGACUAAGAACGGUGUUGUGAAAGGACAGCCUUCUCCUUCAGGUGCAGCAGUGAACAGCAGUGAGAGUCUCCCUCCGUCCUCGUCUGUCAAUGACAUCUCCUCCAUGUCCACCGACCAGACCCUGGCAUCUGACACUGACAGCAGCCUGGAAGCUUCGGCAGGACCCCUGGGUUGUUGCAGGUGACUAGCCGCCUGCCUGCGAAACCCGGCGUUCUUCAGGAGAUGAUGUGAUGGAACACACACACGCAGACACUCAUGCACACACACAAAUGCAGACACUCACUGACAAGAAAAACAGCAAGGGAGAGAAUCCAAGCCUAAAAUUGAAACAAAUCUUUCAGCCUGCUUCUUCUCCAGAGUUCUGUAAUGCAGCUAAGCCAAAUGUCUAUUUAACUUCUAGUUGCUCUUGCUUUGGUCUUCUUCCAAUGAUGCUUACUACAGAAAGCAAAUCAAACACAAUUAGAGAAGCCUUUUCCAUAAAGUGUAAUUUUAAUGGCUGCAAAACCAGUGACCUGUAAUUGCCCUUUCAAAUGGCAUGACAAGGUGUGCAGUGGCCCCGUCCAGCAUGUGUGUGUCUCUAUCUUGCAUCUACCUGCUCCUUUUGGCCUAGUCAGAUGGAUGUAGAUACAGACCCGCAUGUGUCUGUAUUCACACAGCACUACUUACUUAGAGAUGCUACUGUCAGUGUCCUCAGGGCUCUACCGAGACAUCACGCACUGGGGUACCACAUGGUCCAUUUCAUGUGAUCUACUACUCUGACUUAAACCCAUCUGUAAUAUAUUGCCAGUAUAUAAGCUAUUUAGUUUGUUAAUUGAUUAAGCUGUAUGUCUUAUAAGAAAACAUGUAAGGGGGGACUAUGGGGGGAGUGAGCUCUCUUGGACCCUUGGAGAUGUAGCUUCCAAACUUGAACUGAUUAAAUGGCACCUGUAUACCAA